AUGCCUGCACCACCAUGGGUCGCAAAGGGACUCUCUGAUAUCCUCGGUCUUGACACUGAGACAGUUCGCGAGGUCAUCGUUCCGGACCUCGAGGGAUACUCAAGCGAGGUCCGCCUGAGGGGACAUCUGCUGGACUUCCUCGGCACGACCCCCGAAGCCCGCGCCUUCUCUGACAAGUACACUUCCUUCCGCUUUCCCUCCUUGGCCAGCACCAGCACGCCGCGUAUCCUAACUCCCGACCCGGACCUCGUCAAGCCCAAAAAGGAGAAGAAGCCCAAGGCAUCCAGCAAGCCCGCCAGUGGACGCGCGACCCCGACCACCUCUACCGGCCCGCUCAGCGCCGAUGCACUCGCCAACGCCUUUGGGUCGGGCGGCCGCGUGUACCAGAAGCACCAGGACGACCUCUUCCCCAGCCGUGGAGGCAGUGCGAGCGGCGUUGCGAGGAGCACGCCGGGCAGCGGGGCGCACACUCCCGCGCCUCUGCGCCGUGGCGGCGCAAUCACGGUCGUCGAGUCCAAGGCCAAGGCCGCUGUUAGCAAGGACAAGGGCAAGUCGAAGGAAGACAAGAUCUGGGACUUGCCUAAGAGCGAGGAGACGAAGCGGCUGGAGGGCAUUGUGAGCGCUCUCCGUGCGGUGCAGUCUGGAGAAGGCAAGGCUGCCGUGCCCGACAAACCACCAUGUUUCUGCCAAGCUCGCGUCCACCCCAUCUCGACAUACACUCCGCAGUGCGCUGCGUGCGGUCUCAUUCUCUGCGAGCUGCAACCUGCUCACGCGGCAUGCCCGUCGUGCGCCCGGCCCACUCUCUCCCCGCCAGCCCUCGCGCGUCUCAUCCAGCGUGUGGAGGGCGACGUCGCUGCCCAACUCGUGCGCGAGGAAGAUGAACGCGAGCACGCCGAGCAGCUCCGCAAAGAGCGCCUCCUCGCCGAAAGCGGUGGCGGCGCGUUCCCUUCUCUCCCCGGCGGACCCGGUGGCGGCCGUGCGGGCCCCAGCGCGGCCGACGUGACUCGCCGCGUGCUUACCAUCGGCAAGCCCGCAAAGGGCAAAGGAAAGGGCAAGGCAACCAUCACGACCACGACGUACACUUCCGUGCCCAUGACCCCGUCCUCGUCGUCCAACCCGGGCACGCCGGCCCCUCCGCCCGACGACACGAUCCCGCGUCCCCGCUCCCCACCGCUCGAGGCCAAGCGUGUGGCCAAGGAGCUUGCCAAGGCGCUGGCAUGGCGCGAGGACAAUGACCGCCAGUGGGGUGACCCCAAGGCCGAGCGUCGCGGCGAGAUGUGGGAGUACAUCCCGCCCCUGCUCAUUGAGCUUCCCGGCGAGGAGGGCACGGGACGCCGCCGCCGCGCGAACAACAAGAAGAAGGCAGCAUCGGGGACUGGCAUGGAUGGCCGUGUGGUUGUCGGUGCGCGCUAA